CCAACAAUAAAAGUCAUUCUAUUCUCCCCCAUAACGUGUUGGAUGCGAGGCUUUUAUAUGUACUGGUCGUAUUGGGGGAUUGAGAAUCACAGUUGCUCUAGGAUACUAUUCACAACCUUUCAACUUUGACAGGGUCAAAACAUCAACGUGUAUCUCUGGUCAACAAAACAGAACUGACUGUUUCGAGCCACAAUUCGGGUGUACAGAAAUGUUCCUUGAGAAAGCGGAACAGAUCGCCAGCCGUCAGUUCAAGGAUUUUCGUAAGAAACACAAAAAAUUUGAUCAUGGCAUCGAUGAUUCCUAUCCCAGUUCAACAAAACACAAAACGAGAAAGAACAAACAUACUGGUCUAUUCAAUCGGCUACGAGGACGAUCGACCAACGGUGAAGGUUCAUCGACCAGCAGUUCACCUACAAGCACACUCGAUCAGAGGUCCAUGCCUCGCUGGAAUUCAGCGUGCGGUAUCGGUGUCAUCCCUGACGGGCGUGCUGGAUCUUCGGACCCUGGAACACGAUCCAACACCUUGACUAACCACUCACGGUGCCGCUCGGCUUCUUCUUCACCGGUACAUUCCAUAAAUGAAAGUGAAGAUGAGUUGAGCACAUCAAUAACUUCGAACGAUACAGUAGUUAAGCAAGAAAUGAUGCGAAUCCAGCGAGCUGGAUCGGUGGGAGAUGGCCAAACUAGUAUACGCGACGGCUCCAGUGACCGCUCCCAAUCACGUGACUCUACGGCAACUUUUUCUUUUCGUAGUGAAACAAUCGAUGACACGGCGAGCACCCGCAUAACGGACCGAAUACAGUCCGACAUACCAACACUAGACUACGAAAUAGCGCGCAUUCCUAAAAUGCCCAAUUCGACGCAGUCAUCUCCAGUGGAAUUACCCAGGAGGAAUGCUAUCGCCAGCGUAGAUACACCUGAUCGAUUAAUCCGGCGUCGAAGCUCUAGUGUUGAUGGGGACAGAACACCACAUAUGGACGUGAGUAGCCCAAGUUUUGGUGCGUGCUUGAUGGUGGACAGCUUAAACAAGAUAGCGGAACAACGGUGCAUGUCGUUAAGAGCACUAGAUGGUGAUGAUUCAGAUACGGCAGUCGAAGAAGAACAAGAUAAAACAUCAAGCAGUGGCAAAAAAGUCAAAAAGCCUUUGAUCAAAUGGACAGCAAAGUCACUUCGAAAACCCAAAGAUGCUCCAAAGACCAUCAGUUCAAAGGAAACACAGGAAGACUCAUUGCAAGCAUCAGAAGUCUCCGCUGGUCACGACAGUGAUCUAGAUCCCCAAAGUCCGAGGUCCUCGAUGACAUCUGAAGAUAUUUCAGAGCUUCUUCCUCGCGACGGCUACCUGUGGUCCCUUCGGUUAUAUUUGAAGUGCGCUCGAAAUCUCUUGGUAAAAGGAAUACAAGGUAAAUCGGAUUCGUAUGUCAAAGUGAAAUAUCGCGGAAAACGGAUCCGACGAACAAAAACCGUCUUCAACGACCGCAACCCCGUUUAUGAUCAAACCGUCUUCUUCAUUGUCAACAAUUUGGGAUGCCCGAUUGAACUGCGUGUCUACAACCAAGACGUCUUCAAAAAGGACGAGUACGUUGGUCGAGUGUUGAUGCCCCUGAAAAAUUUAGUCCUCAAUCAGCUACAGGAAUUCUCCGUCCAGUUGACAAACGAGGACAGCAAUGAAGCGACUCCGGUUGGGGAGCUAACUUUCAGCUUGAUCCUGGGUGAAAAGCCGGAGCUGGAAGUGGCUGCAGAUCGCCGACAGUUCCUGCUAAAACAGCUGAAAAUUGAUCGCCAGAAUGCCUACCAAUACCCGACAAUGACAACCAAACGACCGUCUCCUGAUAUAUCGCCGACCGGAUGCGAUGUAUCUUCCUGGUGCGAGAACGCAGCUCGCUUCUAUUCGGAUUCUGCUCAGGAAAUGAACAGCAUUUACGCGCAAAAUAUCUACUCUGCAAUUGACGAUGACGAGAUGGAGGAGGACGAUUGGCUUGAUGAGAACGAGUUCUACUUUCGUCAACCAUCCUGGCCUGCAUGCUUCUACGAUGGUACCAAACUCGAGGUUUAUACGGGUCGGCUGCCGAACAAACUGCAACCUCUGCCUUUUUCUCAGAUCAGUCGUUUGCCCAAGGUCAUUACAGACGUGAACUGGGAACAAAUGUACACCCGCUCGAAACUUGUGGUUUCGUUGAUUGGGGCGCAGCGACUCGAACCAAAGCAAAAAUCAGAAACAAUAUUCCCUGGCUCGGUUCACCGAUCCCAUUCUCAGCGUGCUCGAUCGAGCAAAAAGCAUGCAUCAGGGCAUGAAGAAAAGUCGAAAAGUGAUGUGGUCGAACCUCCAUCGCCAAUGGCUCUCCUGAGCGUGGGAAGGACCACUUUUCGCAGCGCGGUCAUCAAAAACACCAGACAUCCCUCGUGGCACCAAGAAUUCGAAUUCCGAUUAAGGACAGGAGAUAAGAAAAUUCUACAAGUGGAGAUCAGGGACAUGUCAACCAAUCCGUAUACCACGCUUGUACGUGCUUAUCUGGAUUUUGCGAAACUGAUGCCCGACUGGACUGACUGCUUCACCUUGAAAAACGUGAUCGAAGGUCACGAGGGCCAAGUCGUUCUUCUGGCCACUUUGACCGGAUUUAGCAAGCCACUGGAUCCAAGCUCUGUCUCACCACUCCCCCCAAACUACCGAACUUCUCAAGUAAGUGUCAGGUCCCCGGAACCGGUUGAAGACGGAGUGAUUGUUCCACCGACACAGACACCAGUGCCAUCAGAACUACUGGAAUUGGUCGCAGAAAACUAUAGCCUUCGGAACACAAUAAAAGAUCGAUUUGAUGUCGGGUGGCUACAUGUUUUUGUGAUCGGAGCUCGUCAGAUAAAAGCUGCCGAUUCCAACGGUAAAUCGGAUCCCUACUGCACCCUGCGCCUCGUUAAUCGGGUCGCCUAUACAUCAACGAUUUACAAGACUCUGGAUCCUACAUGGAACCAAGGUUUUGUCUUUCCGAUUGGCGAUAUUUACUCAGUCCUGGAGGUCACCAUAUGGGAUGAGGACAAAGAGAAAGCAGACUUUCUGGGUAGGAUUCAACUUCCGCUGAAUCAGAUUACCAGUCGGCGGAAACGCUGGUACACUUUGAAGGACAAAACUAUGAAGAAACUGGCAAAGGGGUCUAUUUGUCUGGAGGUUAAUGUGGAACAUAACCCGAUACGAGCGGCUAUUCGUGCUGCCUAUCCAAGGGAGGAACCCUGCGUAUGGCAAGAAAACAGGGUGAAGCUAAGGAAUCUCCAGGGUCAUAUCACUCGGAUUACCAGCUACACACCACCAAUCGAAGUCGGAACACAAGCAUUGAAGAAGCUGUACACUUGGGAAAAUCCAACCUACUCAGCUCUGUUCAUAGUAGCAAUGUGUCUCACAAUUUUGUACAUCCAACCGUAUAUGAUUGCUUUCGGAAUAACCAUUGGCCUCAUUCUAGUAAGACUUUCCCAUAUCCGGUGGUUCAACUCUGCCAACAAGUCCAAACGACCUUGCGCCCCCGUGAUCGAUAAUGAUGACCUUGAACUCGAAGAAACCUUGGAGUAUCUAGAAGCUUGCUCCGAUAGUUCGUCCGAUGAACCGCUGGUUCCAAAAUCGAAGCAUGACAAGAAAAAGCCACUCAAACAAAAACUGAAAAAAGCCCGACAGGUGAUGGGGAUGAUUGAUGAAGCGAUGGAAGGAAUUGCAUCAAUCAUGGAAAAGUUUGAAAGUAUAUGCAAGUGGCAAGUUCCGUGGUUGAGUUUUCUGGUUAUGCUCUUUACCCUGUCCGUGGGCAUCCUGACUUACUUCGUCCCACUGCGCUACCUAUUGGUUUUCUACGUUGUCAAGAAGUUCACGAGAAGACUGCGCCAGGCCCAACUGUACGACCCAUCACCAUUGUCUUUCAUAUUACGGGUUCCGAACAGAGUGGAACGGAUAAAAUACCGGCAGACGAGGCCCAACGAAUCUCCAUUACGACCGAACGACUGACUGCCCCGUCUGGCAAACAGGGCUUCCUAUCCAUGACAGUGCAAACAUGCCUCAAAACUUUCGUUACUUCGUCACUUUACAACCAAAUAUUUUCAUAAUUUUUGUUCAUAUAUUUUUCACUUAGUUUUUUAUAACGCUAACAGAAAUACCGUCCAGUAACACAGUACGCGCUCUCACGGUGAAGUUACUUGGGAUUUCGUUCUUGGGUCUCAUAGCUUUUCCACAAUGAUCUUCGCUGGACAGAUCAUCUGAGACGAAUGAUCCGAAUGUCAAGGGGCAAACUGUUGGAAG